AUGAUCGGUCUACCAUACCUCACCAAACGUAUCAUCGUACGAAGUUUUCUCAUAACUUUCGGUAUAAUGGCUCUAUUCAUCAUUUCGUCCAAUAUAAUCGAUGAUCAGGGCUACGAACAUCAGCGUCAACGUGCCAAGAGUCCCACUGCCAGUCCCUACGUGGGGAAUCCUGGAGGAGGGUGGUUCAAGUCACCCAACAAAUGGUCGAUAUCGAAUGGAAUGAAAGAUCUCAUACAAGCUGGUAAAUGGAGGAACAACAUGCAAGGUGAUAUGCUGAUAGAUCUCGAUGGAGGGUUCGAAGGGAGAUAUAGCAGCUAUGAGGAUGUAGAGAAUGUAGAAGGGAGAGAUGGUUGGGUGGAUCUGGAAUGGGAAUUGGUUGUGACAAACUAUGAAGGGGGGACACCAGGAUAUCAAGUCUUCUCUAACAUGUACCUCAUUAACUCCGUCUUGACCUCUGUAGUCCCCUCGGACGCAAGUCAGAUAAUCGAAUUACCUACGGAUGACGAAGAUGCCUAUCAGAUGGAUCUGGAAAUCCAAGAACAAAUGUCAAACAAACCGAAACGUAAUCCCUUUCCCGAGGUGAAACAUAUCUUGUCGAGUGAGAAGAGAGGUCAAGGUGCAGAUGAAGGUAGAUGGAAGAUCGUUGAUCAGGAUGUGGGAAGGGAUGAGAUUGGUAAGAAAGGAUAUAAAUUGGGAGGAGUUACUUACAUCUUCAAUGACCCUCCGGGACCUGAUGGAUAUUUAGUCUAUUUCAGACAUUUCGUUCUUGAAGCUUUCUUGGGGGCUACCAGAGUAUUAGCGUCCACCAUGCCAUAUUCAAUGUCCAAACCUGUACCCAAGCGGGUAUGGUUCCCCCGUUGUGGUGCAGAUCCCAGUUGGAGGGAUGAUCGAGGCGACAAUGCCUGGUUCCUCGCUCAUGCCUUACCGUCUGUAUCGAUAGAGGACAAGCAAGGCUGGGAAGAUAGGAAUACCGCCGGAUUGCCGUUAUUACUUGAGAAAGUAGUGAUCGUCGACCGAUGGGCAGCACAUGCUUCAGGUGGAGAAGUGGGUAAAUGGGGAAAGAUGAACGCCCUUAUACCCUCCAUCUCGGCCACUCGAUCAUUCUGGGAUUCCGUUCGAUCCAACGUCAUGCGUUCUCUGGGUGUUGAUGAUCACUCGGAGGUCGGAUCGAGGGGAUUGCCCGUUAUAGUCUAUGUGGAUAGGCAGAAAGAAAACCCUAAGAUGAAACAAUCCGAUCACGAUGCUUUGGUAGAAGGAUUAAUGAGCUUGACGAACAUUGCUGAAGUCCACGUAGCUAGACUGUCAGCUAUGAGCAAAGCACGUCAGGUCGAUCUCGUGGGAAGAGCCCAGGUCCUCGUAUCUUUACAUGGUGACGAACUAUUCAACACCCUCUGGAUGCCACCAAGAGAAGAUUCUCUGGUGAUUGAGUUGUUCGAAGAUGGUGGUUUCAUACGUGACUUUGAACUGCUAGCCACAGGCUUGAACCAUAAAUACAUAGCCGUGCAGGGGGAUCAGGUGUUGAUGGAGGAGAAAUGGAGAGAAACUGGUGCUACCAAAGGUGAUGAGAGGGAUAGAGGUGAGAUAAGUAUAAACACAGAGCUGGUAGUCAGAUUGAUAGAAGAAUCACUUGGAUCGGAUCCCGAGCUGGAAUCGGACUCGAUAGCUGGAAAAUAG